UCAGAAGGCGGCCGGAACCUCUCGCUUCAGGAAGGCGGUUAGGCGAGUGUCAGUAACCGCUGAUUUUUUAAAAAAAUUCCUCCCUCAGGAAAGAGAGAGAGAGAGAGAGAGAGAAAACCCUUCUGUGGCCUUUGAGGAGGUGACCCCUGUAUUGACCCCAAUAGAGUGUAGGAUCUUCUGGAUCGAGGCUUGAGAUCUCUGCGUGAGGUCCUCCUGCUGGAGAUUUCUGGCAAUGACAUCUCUCCAGGUCAUGAAGAGGACAAUGGGAAUUCUAUGGAGCCAGUCAUUCUUUCAUUGAAAACAAAACCCAACUGUGGAGCACCAAAGAAAAAGGAUGAAAAGGGAAGAAGGGAAGACAGAAAAAAGAGAAAUAAAGAAAACUCCAGCUUCUACUGCUAUUAAUGUUGAUGCACUUCUGAUCGCAUGAAAAACUCAAGAAGAAAAAAGGACAUAAAUUCAUAGAAAAAGGAAAGAGCAUCACGAUGCAGAGUGAUUGUACAUCAAGUGAAAAACCGGUGAAAGUCGAGAAACAAUACAAAUGCCAACAGUGUGGAAAGAGUAUCAGUCACAGAAGUGGCCUCUAUUCCCAUCAAAGAAUACACACAGGGGAAAAACCAUUUAAAUGUAUGGAAUGUGGAAAGAGCUUCAGUCAGAGCAGUACCCUGAGUUCCCAUCAAAGAACUCACACUGGGGAGAAACCAUAUAAAUGCAUGGAAUGUGGGAAGAGCUUCAGUCACAGCAGUACCCUGAGUUCCCAUCAAAGAAGUCACAGUGGGGAGAAAUUAUAUAAAUGCAUGGAAUGUGGGAAGAGCUUCAGUCAGAGCAGUGCCCUGAAUAGACAUCAAAGAACUCACACUGGGGAGAAACCAUAUAAAUGCAUGGAAUGUGGAAAGAACUUCAGACGUAGCAAUCAGCUGAGUUUACAUCUAAGAAUUCAUACAGGGGAGAAACCAUAUAAAUGCAUGGAAUGUGGAAAGAACUUCAGACGUAGCAAUCAGCUGAGUUUACAUCUAAGAAUUCAUACAGGGGAGAAACCAUAUAAAUGCAUGGAAUGUGGAAAGAACUUCAGACGUAGCAAUCAGCUGAGUUUACAUCUAAGAAUUCAUACAGGGGAGAAACCAUAUAAAUGCAUGGAAUGUGGAAAGAACUUCAGACGUAGCAAUCAGCUGAGUUUACAUCUAAGAAUUCAUACAGGGGAGAAACCAUAUAAAUGCAUGGAUUGUGGAAAGAGUUUCAGUCAGAGAACUCAAUUGACUUCCCAUGAAAGAACUCAUACUGGGGCGAAACCAUAUAAAUGCAUGGAAUGUGGGAAGAGCUUCAGUCGGAGAGAUGAACUGAAUUUACAUCAAAGAACUCACACAGGGGAGAAACCAUAUAAAUGCAUGGAAUGUGGAAAGAACUUCAGACGUAGCAAUCAGCUGAGUUUACAUCUAAGAAUUCAUACAGGGGAGAAACCAUAUAAAUGCAUGGAAUGUGGAAAGAACUUCAGACGUAGCAAUCAGCUGAGUUUACAUCUAAGAAUUCAUACAGGGGAGAAACCAUAUAAAUGCAUGGAAUGUGGAAAGAACUUCAGACGUAGCAAUCAGCUGAGUUUACAUCUAAGAAUUCAUACAGGGGAGAAACCAUAUAAAUGCAUGGAAUGUGGAAAGAACUUCAGACGUAGCAAUCAGCUGAGUUUACAUCUAAGAAUUCAUACAGGGGAGAAACCAUAUAAAUGCAUGGAAUGUGGAAAGAACUUCAGACGUAGCAAUCAGCUGAGUUUACAUCUAAGAAUUCAUACAGGGGAGAAACCAUAUAAAUGCAUGGAAUGUGGAAAGAACUUCAGUUGGAGACUUCAAUUCACUUUCCAUCAAAGAACUCACACUGGGGAGAAACCAUAGAAAUUUAUGGAAUGUGGACAGAGCUUCAGUCUGAGUAAUAGCCUUACUUUACAUCAAAGAAGUUACAUGGAAUGGAAAGCAUAGAAGUGCAUGGAAUGUGGAAAAGGUCUCAGUGUCAGCAGUCUCCUUUGCUCGCAUCACAUCACACUGGGGAAAAGCCACAGAAAUGCAUGGAAUGUGGGGAGAGCUCCAAAUUCAUGAGUUGUUGACAUUGAAAAAUUCACAGGAGCAAAACCAUCCAGCGAAUGUUUGCAUGUCAAAUGAAACAUUCACACACUGGGGAGAAACCAUAUGAAUACUUGGUGAGAUGCUGAAGUCUCCCUAAGCAGCAUAGGGCAUUCGGGCAGAGGUCCACAGGCAACAAAUCUACUGCUUUCUACUGAGCCAGGUCCUCAAACCUCAGCAGUGCAUAGCAUAUGUGCCUUGAACAAGCCUGACUCUUAAAGAACACUUUACUCAAUACUUUGCAAUUACUUCAACAUGGGCUUUGUGAUUCCAUAGAACUCACAAGAGCUCACUUAAAGAGGACUUCUCUAUGGUAGCUAAUCAAUGGCCUUUUCCACUCUUCUGGAUUUAGCCAAACCCCAGUAGGGGAUAACCAGCAGAGCUUCCCAGUGAUGUGAAGACACAAGCACCAAACAGUCUUGAUAGCAGAAUACUUGUAUUAUUUACAGGAUAUGUACAGAUAUAUACACAACGUAGUCCUUGUUCCAGUUCCAAUAGUCAUUCACAGCAGUUCCAGAGAGUACAGAGCUUAAAUCCAAAUCAGAGUCCAGUAAAUAGUCAUAUAGUCAUAUACCAUGCAGUCAGUCCGGUUUGCCAGAGUUCCACUACUCCCAAGCAUGUAGAUACAGCUUCCACAGGAUUCUCAGGCACAUCUCCAAGAGGACAGCACUCCACGACCAACAGCAACACCCACAACAACCCACAGAAUUGUGUCUGCUUGGUCUCCCUGCUAUAUCUCAGGGAUAGCCAAUCCUGGGAUGUUCAUACUGCUGGUACAAUUCAGCUCAGCUGAACAAACUCAUGCUUAGCUUCUCUUUUUAGCUCUGAUCCUUACAGUACUUACUGUCAUGGUGCAAAACUGCAUUUAACAAUUUCACCAGGUUUAGCCCAAAUCCUGUCACUUGGACCUCCUCCUUCAUGGCUGUAAACCAAUUAACUCAAGAGAGGCGUAAGUGCUCCCUCUGCCUCAGCCGCAGGUGUGUUAUCUCCGUUCCAAUUAGUUGGGAAUUUUUUGGGUCUUCCGCCCUGGGCCUCUUCGACCUUGCCUCUCAUCAGGAUUCACUCUCUACCAGCCUGGCUGUAAAUUAAGGAAGUGAGCCUCUCGGCCUUUUCCACAUUCCCAUGCCUUCCUUUCACUUUGAGACCUGACUGACUCCAUUUUCUACAAGUCCCAUUGUCCUUCAAUAUCAUCACACUUGGAUUGUGAAAGGAGCUGCUCCUACAGUGGUGGCCUUUAUAGGGAAGAACACAUCCAAGGCCAAAACUACUUCAGCUAUGUGGAAUGUGGAAAGAGCCCACUGUUCCAGUGGCAACCUUAUUGAAACUUUAGAGAAACAACUCUUUGAAUAUGUCAGCUAGAAGAACAGCGUUGUGACUUUUCUUCUUUCAGGAGUAGCAAAACUGUUUAUCUCGAUGGGCAAAAUUAAAUAUUUUGUUGGAGAGCUGCCUUUUUCUGGUGAGGAUUUUAUUGGGAAUGUCAUUUGGAUUGAAAUUUAAUUAUUCUGACUGAAAGUAAUUCUUGAAGAAGUUACGCAAUGCCGCCUAUCAGUGUGUAUUUGAGUAUUUAUAAGCUAAUUAGAAUACAAUCUGUAACCUAUCUGUGGUGGCUUUUUUUAAUGUUGGGAAAUGCUUUUUUAGAAAUUAAAUAGUGCCCUUUUCUUA